AUGGUUUCUUCUAUCUCUUACGUAAACUUAUCUCAAAAGAUUAUAGACUGUGAACUUCCAAGUUCAGAAACUUUAAAUAUAUUGUCAACAGGACAACAAAUAGAAAUUUUAAAACUAUGCUAUAACGGACAAAAAAAAUUACUUAAUCAACUGCUUGAAGAAAAAAAAUUAGAAAAUGCUGAUAUUGAAAUACCGAUUAUACAACUACCUAAAAGAAAUAAAACUCAAAUUACGCAAAAUUUGAAUAAUGAUGAAUUAGAAUUAUCAAUACAACAAAAUAUUAAAAAAAUUACUAACGCUAAUAAAGAAAAUAUGAGUAUUGAUUUUGAGAAGGAAUUUUGUGAAAAAGAUGAAGAUUGCAGUAGUUCUUCUUUUAGCACUUAUACUACUCCUACUCUUAACAACUAUGUAACUUUAGAUUCCAAUGAAUAUAUCGAUCCUACCCCUAGUGGUCAUAUUACUUCCACUCUCAAUAGCGACUGUGAAGAAGCAGAUGAAGAUUACAUGACCCAAACCUCUAAAACUGAUACAAAUUCCAAGAAACAUAAUCAAAGUCUAGAGAGCCCCUUACCCAAACGGAUCCGAAAAGAAGAUACUCAAUUACCAUUACAAUCAACUAGUAACAAUAGAUUACAAGAAAUACAAAAUGCAAAAAUUAGCAAUAAGGCUAG